GAGUGCCACCAGCGGUACCGGAGCCUGCGGUUGCGCCCGAGGCGCUGCCCCCGCUGCCACCCCUCACGAUGGGCCCGGGUCCCCGGCUGCUGCUACCUCUGGUGCUUUGCGUGGGGCUCAGCGCUCUCGUACCUCCUGCGGGAGCGUCAGGCGUCCGCAAGCGAGGCCCCUCGGUGACGGCCAAGGUCUUCUUUGAUGUGAGGAUUGGAGAUAAAGAUGUUGGCAGAAUUGUGAUUGGCCUCUUUGGAAAAGUUGUGCCCAAGACUGUGGAAAAUUUUAUCGCUCUGGCAACAGGAGAGAAAGGAUAUGGAUAUAGAGGAAGCAAAUUUCAUCGCGUCAUCAAAGAUUUCAUGAUUCAAGGAGGAGACUUCACCAGUGGAGAUGGCACUGGCGGUAUAAGCAUUUAUGGUGAGACAUUUCCAGAUGAGAACUUCAAACUGAAGCAUUAUGGCAUUGGGUGGGUCAGUAUGGCCAAUGCUGGGCCUGACACCAAUGGCUCUCAGUUCUUUAUCACCUUGACCAAGCCCACCUGGUUGGAUGGCAAACAUGUGGUAUUUGGAAAAGUCAUUGAUGGAAUGACAGUGGUCCACUCCAUAGAACUGCAGGCAACUGAUGGGCAUGACCGUCCACUCACCAACUGCUCCAUCAUCAACAGUGGCAAGAUAGAUGUGAAAACGCCCUUCGUGGUAGAGGUCGCUGACUGGUGAUACAAUUGGCAGAAAACAAAGAAGAACACACUCUGCCAGGGAGGCUGUGAAGGACUUUCUUCCUGAAGCACACCGGGCCUUUAAAGUGCUAUUAAAACUACGGUCACCAUCUGUCCUAGGUGGUAAAUAUUAUGUCCUGUCAUUUGGAUAGAUAUCUCAGUUUGAAAACCUGAACCUUUUUCUUCCAACCUGGACACAAAACACAGGUCUCCUGCCUGUGCCUCUUCUGGACACCAAGACCUACACUGGGACAGACUGUCUUGAGGAGAGGAGUAAGAACUGGUCAGCCUGGAGCAGAGAAAGUCAAGACUUGAUUUAUCCCUGCUGUCCUGGAAGUACACCUCUCUUAUAAAGACCUAAGGACUUCUGAAUUGCCUCCAAGCCUGUACAAGCUGCUCUCUCUGCCUACUGAGCCCCCGCCACCCUAUCUGUUCCCUGCCAUUCUUCAGGACUCAGUACCUGGGAUCCCUCCCUCGACGAGCCUUCACUGGAAACUUCCUCAUACCGUGUUCUAACUGCUUGCUUCCUGGGUGUCUCCUGUCUCCUCCUUGGACUGGAAUUUGCUCUCGGCCAAGGAUUAGAUCAUACUCAUCUCCCCCUGAGACAGUGUUUCACACAUAACUGAUGCUCAAUAAGUAUGUUCAGAAUCGGUAACCAAAAAUAACCCACCUACAAUUAUACUAUGAGGUAUUUAAACUCUCUCAGGACUAGAAAUAUUGUUAAACAUUGGCAUUUGUCUUUUGACUCUUUCUACCCUUUUUCAAAGACUGUUACCUUUUUCAAAAAAAAUAAACUUUUCCUCUUUAUUUUCUGAGUUGAGGUUAGAAGGGCAUGAUAGAAGUAGACUGGCAAAAAUGAUGUGGGUGUCAAACAGUAGAAGAAAAGCCCCAAGUGGUGGUGAGCCUUCAGUGGCAGUGUCCGUGGUGAGUGGCAGCUGGCUUGGGUGACACACCUUGGUCAUGAGCGUGCCAAGCUGCUGGCAGUCGGUGAGGCCCAGCCCUGAGCUGAGCAGUGUGGAUUUGACCUGAGAAGUGAUGAGAAACCACUCUCUCUCGAGUCUUAAGUACUGCGGAAGUCAUGGUAUCCACCUUGGAAACCUUUACACUUGAAUCCUCAUUUGUUGGGCAAUUUAUGUGGUUCAGUGAGAAAACUGCACAGUCACAUGGCUCCACCACGUGUAAACCCAGUUAGGUAAUAACAUGAUGCCCUUUGUGGUCAAAGUCACAGGUUUGCUCUCUGUGCUUGGCUUUGUUCCUGGCUACGGAGCGUAUUCCUGACUCUCGUGAGCAAGGCACGAAGUUAGAAAUAGUUCAGCAGCAUAAAUCUAUCACCACAAUGAGAAAAAUCUAGCUUAGCUUCCUUCUGCUGGUCAGUCAGUGUUGCACCUAGUCUGCUUCUAUGCAGCUGCAGGCACUGGGAGCUCUUUGGAGGAUUUUUUUUUAAUUCAUGUUUUUAAAAAUUUCAUGCCUGGUAACGAAAUAUAAAUUUCAUGCCUGGUAAAGAAACAUAAAUGGGUAUAAACAAAUAAAAUAAAUCAUUAUUUGUCAAUUAUAUCUCAAUAAA